CUCGGUACAACCAAUGAUCUGGCGUUCUUCGUACCUUGAGCUGGAGGAGCGCAGUAUUGUCGACAGACAGCAGCAGCGGUCAGUGGAGACCGACGAGCUGAUAAGCAUAAGCUUUGCUUUGCCUUGCAGCAGCAAUGGAUUCUUGUGGGAGGGUGUAAUUGAAGAUUCGGCUGUAUAGCUGCUGACGUUUGUCUUAUAUGCGUGCUAAACACAGAAACAAACCAACAAAAAUUAAUACAGCUUGAUCAAAGAAAAGCUUGUGAGACUCGGUAUUAAGUUACAAUGAAAGCGGGGCGGGCUUAAUGAUCGUCCGCGUUUCGAUAUCCGUGGUUUAAUCGUAACUAUUUUUUCUCCUACAUCUCUUCAUCUCUUAUUGAAGCCCUAAUAACAUUUUGAAACAUAAUCGCGAGUGGUUGAUUGAUAUCGGUGGCGAUUUAAAUACCGCGAGGGUAUAAAUUGUCUCAAGGAAGUAUGAAAAACUAAUGAGCGUUAAAGGGACGUACAAUACAAGAAAAGUUUUGUGAUAUAUAUCUUCUCUUAUGUAGUUGUGGCGACAGAAUAGCGACACACUUGCUUCCUACUACUGCUACAGAGUGAUCAUCAUCAUAACGUUCAUUUCAUUGUGCUACUGCUACUGAGCUGCUACUGCUCAUAUGUGUUGCAGUGAUUGUGUGUUAUGUAUAUGAAUGUCGUUGAAUAAAACACGAUACAAAUUUAGUACUUUGUCUGGCUGUGUUGCAAGUCUAGUAAGGAAGAAACUGAUAAGAAGAUACUGAAAGAUUCGAUUUUGUUCGAAGGAGACCUGAGAAGAAAUCUUUCAGAGAUACCACUAAACGGCAGGACAUUAUUUGCUAAAGUCGCACUAGACACUUUGCAUUAACGAAUGGAUAGAGGAAACACGAUAUAUUGAAACGGAGAUAACCUGUCCUUCACGAAUCACGACGAGGAGGUCGCAGAGGAAUCGGGAGGACGGGCGAGGGCGAAAAUCCGAUCGUUUCAGUAACCUCGAACCUUGAAAUAGAUAAGGGUAUUUGAAUAAGCGGAGAAUAUUAUUCUAUAAUAUUAUUAUAUUCUAUUAGCUACCUUUUAACACGGGGCAGAGGAUACUUCCGUCAUCAUCAUGGAAGCGGUAGCGAAACACGAUUUUAAUGCCACCGCUGAUGACGAACUCAGUUUUCGGAGGAGUCAGAUAUUAAAGAUCCUGAAUAUGGAGGAUGACAUGAAUUGGUACAGAGCAGAGUUAGACUCACGGGAAGGCUUGAUACCUAGUAAUUACAUUGAAAUGAAAAAUCAUGACUGGUAUUAUGGCAGAAUAACAAGAGCAGAUGCUGAGAGACUUCUAAUGAACAAACAUGAGGGUGCCUUCCUUAUAAGAAUUAGCGAAAGUUCACCUGGGGACUUUUCUCUCUCUGUCAAGACAAUCUAUUCUUCCAGAUGUUCAGAUGGUGUGCAGCAUUUUAAAGUGCUCAGAGAUGCACAAGGCAAAUUUUUUCUUUGGGUCGUCAAAUUUAACAGUCUUAAUGAACUGGUGGAAUAUCAUCGUACAGCAUCAGUCUCUCGUUCCCAGGAUGUCAAAUUGCGUGAUAUGGUGCCAGAGGAGUGUUUGGUACAGGCGCUGUACGACUUUGUACCCCAAGAACAGGGAGAGCUUGAGUUUAGACGGGGUGAUGUGAUAACGGUAACAGACCGUACAGACCAGCAUUGGUGGCAUGGAGAGAUUGGCCAUAGACGAGGGCUCUUCCCAUCAUCUUAUGUCACGCAGUAUCACUCCUAGGCCACACAGACUGCGAGAGGCAGUCGUCGACCGCCAUCUUAUCCUACAACAAUCACCUACAGGAUCCGAAUAACAGCGGAGCUGAUCAACAACAUUCUUCAAACUCCACCGAUAGAAUGGGCUUCCAGGAUGUACUGGUGGUCCAGACGGAGGGCUUUGUAGUUCACUCUGGGCAUUAGAAAUCGUUACAUUGUCUUGUUAGUUUUCCAAUUAAAAAACAAGAGGAAAACUUUUAAGAUCCACUUAAGUUAACUGGAGCAAUAAAAAUGGUGUUAACCUUCUGCCCAGCUCCGAGUCUGGACUGCUCUGAAAUGAAUCUCUCCUCUUUUCGUAAGUCUAUCCAUGAUUGUUUACACCCAUUUCAGAAAUAAAUAAUCAUCUUGCAAUAAUGAGUGAGAGUCAAUGGCGCCCAGUUUGUUUAAUGUAUCCAGAGGUUCACCUUGAGACGUUUAUAAACCAUAAAACUAAUGAACGACGCCUGUGACACGGUUUUUUUUCUCUUAAUAUUUAAUGUUUUAUUGUUGAACGUAUUUGCGAUACUGAAAGUUACUGUUGAAUUAGAAUGGAUAUGCUUUUUAAACAAUAUGACAUGAUGCGCCAUGUUUAACGAAACUGAUAAAGUUCAUACAUCCUUUUAGCCCAUUCACGGUCCGUGCAUCACAGACUACUAUGAUAUUUAUCACCAGUUAGAAUGUUUGUCAUCAACCAUAUUUAAAACAGUAUAGAUAAAUAUCUGAUAAAUACUUUCCCAGCACGUAUACAUCUGGGACUGUAUUAAGAAGAGAAAUAAAAAAAAAAAAACUUUGUAUUUUUCGCUACAAUUUCACUAAACUCACCACAAAGGGACCUUAGCGAUGGAGAAAUAAGUAAAACGUGACUCGUGAUAAAUAUAUAAUAAUUACUCAUAAUUAUCUUUUCAAACCCCAUCAUAUUUUGACGUUCAAUUGAAGAAGAAUAAAUGAUGCUUCUAAUUACAUGACUAGAUUACUUGAAUUCAUUUGAUUAAUCUUCAAAACCUAGACGCAAGCUAACGUCAAUAUAUGAUGAGAUUAUAUUUUCCAGUCCCUAAAAAAUAGUUAUUACGUUAUGAUUAACUGGCUGGAGAUUGCUUUACCGCUGCAGCAUAUGUACGUUUUUCUGGUAAAUAAAAUUGCAAGGGAAAACACCAUCACGAAAAUAAAAACUACGGAUGAAUAGAAUAAAAUUGAAAAAACAAAGAGAACUUGAUCAGAGAAAACGGAAAAACCAAGACGCGCACGAGGUACUGGACACGAAAAAAAUUAAUAAAAAUAUUUAAUGAAAAAUUGAAAAAAAGAACGUAUGUAUAUUUUUUAAGAGUUAUCAUUUUUUCUAACGAUCUUGAUAUAAUUCUCAAUCCUGUUUUUUUCUAAACAAUACGGAGAUGAUGUUUAGCAUUAUUGUAUUAUUAUUAUUAUUAUUAUUAUUAUUAUUAUUAUUAUUAUUAUUAUUAUUAAUAUUAUUAUUGCGUUAUGUUACAUUUUAUUAAUAACAAUAUAUUAUACCAAUCGUAUUUGCAUGCAUUUUAUCAUUGUUUCUCUUUCAUUAUGUCCACAAACCAAAUUCCUACUUAUUAAGUAUCGCAAUCGUAUAAUUAAAAUAUUUUUAGUAUCUGAUACAUUUUGUGGCCGACCUAUCAAUUUUGUACUUAAUAUAUUUUUGAUCUGAAGAAAAUCUCUACCAAUCAUUUUGUUGUAUCUCUUAUUGCUAUGAAUGUCGUUUUGUUGAAAUGGUUAUUUGAUAAUACGCGGUACACAGAGAAAUCAGGGAAAAUAUAGUUUGCAAAGAUGUGUGAAGAGAUGAAAUAUUCAAUACAAUUUUUAAGAGCUUUGAGAAUGAUAACUAUUAUGUAUCAUGAAAUACUGGUGAUCAUAAUUAUACCGGUAAGUGGAUGAUAUUCGUUCAAUAACUUAAAGUUUGUGAUUUUUAAUUAUUUGUAUUCAUACAUCCUGAAUCAUUAAGUCAUAGUUGAUGAUAAUGUUACAGUUAAUUUAAUAUUUUUCGAAUUUGACUCAAGUCUCUUCAAUUUGAUUCUAAAGCCUCAUAUGAACAGGUGAUAAAAUAUGAUUAAAAACGUUUUGACAUCCUUAUGCAUACUACGUAUAUUAUACCAAUGAAUGAAAUAAACUAUACAAAUUAAAUGAGA